AUGCUCUAUUACAGUGGCGUGACAAGGCGAUUAGGCAAUGUUGAUAAUGGAGAUACUAUUACCGACUUUCUCCCCUUGGAGCGGGAGAGAGGCAUCACAAUCCAGUCUGCUGCAAUAUCUUUCAAUUGGCCACCAAAAGAGACAUGCCCACCAGGUGUAGAGUCCAAGACUAUCAAUCUCAUCGAUACUCCCGGUCAUCAGGACUUCCGUUUCGAGGUAGACCGGUGUUUACCUGUUCUUGACGGCGCAGUGUGCAUCAUCGACUCUGUAAAAGGCGUCGAAGCGCAUACCGAGAGAGUCUGGACAUCGGCCCAGCAGUUUAAGAUUCCAAGAAUUAUUUUCGUCAACAAGCUCGAUCGUGUUGGCGCCUCAUUUAAAAAAUCGGUGUUGGACAUUGCAUCUCGAUUGAAUGCAUUCCCUGUCAUAUGUCAAAUUCCCUGGUGGGAGAAGGACGAGUUUGUUGGCGUUAUAGAUGUGAUCAAGCGCGUUGGUUACAAAUGGACGACCGCCGAUUCACGCAAGACAUAUCCCUAUACACUUCUCGAGGCUAUGCUCAAAACGGACAACCCAAAUCUUCUCACUGAAAUCAAUCUCGCACGAGAAAAGCUCGUGGAAAGGCUUUGCGAUGAAGAUGACGAACUUACGUUGGAGUUCGCGGAAACCGGCGCAGAUGUUUCAUCAGAAUCUAUAAAAAAGAGCAUACGGCGGGUUAUUAUGGAUGGUGAAGGCACUGUUGUUCCGGUAUUUGCAGGUGCCUCUCUCAGAAACAUUGGUGUCGAGCCACUUCUUGAUGCCGUGGUCGAUUACUUGCCAAAUCCCGAUGACAGACCAGACCUUGAGAUCCGUGUGGGACCAGCAACUCAUUACCUCAAAGAAUUCCUCGUGCAAGAGGGCGCCAAAUCAAAGCAAAAAGGCAGCAAAUUCGCCCACCAGUCUCCAGUUGCAGCUGUUGCCUCCGUCUUCAAAGUCUUCAACGAUCCCCAGCGUGGCAUGCUGAGCUUUGUCCGGGUAUAUCACGGAACACUGAACAGAAAUUCCGCGACAUGGAACUCAAAUGUCCAUCUGUCAGAAAAAUCUCACAACAUGCUACAGAUCUCUGCCAAUCUGACACAAGAAAUUCCACAUCUUACAACUGGGAGCAUCGGGGCAAUUACCGGUCUUAAAACAGCCCGGACAGGAGAUACAUUGAUAGCUUUCCCCGGGCAGAAGACGGCUGAUGCUGCUUUGAAGAGCAUACAGAUCCGGCCGGUGCAAAUUCCACCAGCCGUUGCCUUCAUUGCAAUCGAGCCAUUUUCCAUCACAGCACAACAAACUUUAGAGAAAGCUUUAGAAAGUGCGUCGCGAGAGGAUCCAAGUCUUCGGUGGAAUAAGGAUGAAGCCGCUGACCAGUUCAUUCUUUCUGGCAUGGGAAAGCUACAUCUUGACAUUGCUAUCGACAACCUAAAAAAAAAUUAUAAGAUCGAGGCCACUUUCGGAGAGAUUGAAGUUGAUUACAAAGAGUGUCUCACCGCACCAGUCCCUCCUCAGAGCUUCACGUACGACAAAGCAGUGGCCGGCAAGACGGGUAAAGCCGCGUGCAAAGCAACGUUAGAGCCUUUAGAGGAGCAUCACCAAGAAACGAUACUGGAGUCAAGCGUGGAGCGAGACGGCAACAUCAUACAUGUGCAGAUCCCACUUCCAAGGGAUACGUCUGGGCUGCAAUUUGAUCCAGAGAUGGUCCGCCAACAACUUCAGAAUGGUGCCAUCUCGGCUCUAUACAGAGGCCCCCGUCGCGGAUCGCCUGUCCAGGGAUGCCAUGUAACAAUCACCUUCGAUCCAGAGACUGACUUUUUUGGUCCAACACCAGGAAGUCAUUUCGUCAACGCUGCGUAUCAUGCAGUACGAAACGCUCUCCGAGAUGCAUACAGUAAGAAGCAGAUUGGAAUUCUGGAACCUGUCAUGAAAGUCCGCAUCCAGUGCCCAGAGGAAGUCGCUGGCGUUGUACAACAUGACCUCUCCUCCGGCCGUGGAGGACACGUUCUAGAGAUCAACGACCUCAACAAUGCCGUUUCAACCGAGAGUCCAGUAGACCUCUCGCAGGUAUACAGCCCUCCAGACCCAUAUGAGUCCAUUGCAUCCCUGCGUGACCCGAAGAAGGGUAUCACGAGGAUGCUCGAGCUUGUCGCUAGGGUACCCCUGAAGGAGAUGCUCGAAUACGAUUCCCAUCUUAGGGGCAAGACUGCCGGCCGUCAUUCGCUAUCUAUGGACCUCGACACGUUUGAGAAAGUCACAGGUCCAAGAGAGAAGGCUCUGUGA